UGAAUGACGGUGACGUGUGUUGUGGUAACAAUAAAUAUUAAUUGUAUUUUGAAUUUUGAUCCAGAUUUUUGUAAGUGUGUUAAAUAUUCGAAUCUGCAUCAAAAUAAAUAACAAUUGUGAGAUUUUUAUCAUGUAAGUGAUGAGUUGUGACGAAAAUGAAAGUGGGCCUUUUGUUGUGUUCUUUCUACCGACGGUUCUUGGCUGUCUGACUAUUUUAUUAGCCCGGCGCUGGGCUUACUCGCAAGUGAAUAAUACAUCUUCCACUGCGAUUUCGAGGAGACGAAAAAUUAUAAAGGAUCCACUGAUCAAGCGGCCUUUACCUUUUGUUACUAGUAAAAUGGUUGCUCCAAAAAAAGUUGCAGCAACAACUAAGAAGGCUGCACCUGUACAGGAAGAAGCUCUAACAAAUGGGAAACAUGUCAGAACACGUCUAUUGUCAAAUACCCCGGAUGUAAAGUAUCCCGAGAUGUCGUCACCAGCACCGCCAAAACAUAUUCCAUUCCCAUACAUACCACAGGAUGGAGAGCUGCUAUUUGAAGUGAUGACAUUUGUAUUCCUGCUUGUAGCAACCGGUUUGCAAUUUCUCAAUUUGUAUAGGACAGCUUGGUGGUUGCCGAAUUCAUAUAAUAACCAGGCUAUGCACUUUCAUUUGAUAGAUCCACACGUGGUGAUGUUUAUAAUAGGAGUUAUCAGUCCAAGAUUACUAUUAAGUAUAAGUGUUGCAGUCUUGAAGCUGGUUCUUGCACCAAAAGUGUUGCCAGUAGUAAUAAUUGGAGUGAGAAUGUUCAUUCUAGGAGCUGUUAUUGGUGUGAUGAGUUGGAGUACAUAUUUCCUACUACUAAAGUAUCCCUUGAUGAAAAUGGUGUAUUUAAUUUACCCCUCAGUAAUAUAUUUUGGGCUCUUUGGACUACAAACAGAGGCAUUCCUCGAGUUAAAUAAUUCUGACAUGCUGCCAAUGCACAGUUGUUCACACGACCCUGAACAGAUCAGGUCAGAGGUGGAGAUGUUGAGAGAAGAUUUCAAUUUGCGGGUCAAGAAGAUACUCUUCCAUUCCAUUUUAGGAGCUUAUUACACUAGCUUUGUGCCAUGCUGUUUUGCACAGCCAUACUUGUACUAUGAUGUGCUGUCAGCUGCCCAGCAGUUGGGUCUAGUGUGGGGGUGCCUCUGCGGCCGGUACGCAUCGCAGCUGUUACCGGCCGGCCUCAUUGACACUCCCCACAGAGCUGCCAGGCACCUGGGAUGUUGGAAGCUGGAAGGUCCAGAUGCGACGGACAGUAGUAGCUCUGUGACGCAGUGGUCCGAAGACCGUUUCUGGCCACAGGGGUCACGGGUUCGAUGCUCGCAGCAGGUGUACGUAGCGAAUGCACCCACAGUUGCCGCCGACCCAGCGAAUGUGUCGCAUGCUAGAUUCUUUGCGGUGUUCAACAACCCAUCGAAACUCCUCUGUCUGAUGGUUUGUCUGCAACUUUCGUUAAUACUGAUACAGCUGUGUUUGCUGUUCAGCUCGAUAAUUUGGCAUUACUACCUUUCGGUGGUCGUGCUAUUGUUUAUCAAUUAUUACUCUUUGUACAAAAUGUUGAGAGAUUAUCUUGUGGCGUGGAAGGUGUAUAGGGCAGAGCUUAUGAUACAGGACAAAAAUAAUGCGCAGGCUAAUUAAGUUGAUUGCGGUACGAUAUGAGUCAAGUGUGUGGACGCUAUGUGCGAAUUAAAUUUGUAACUAAAAUUUUUGAACGAUUCUUGAGAUUUGGAAGAGCGACAUCUCAAGUCAAUUUCCUAAUAUGCAAUUGUUGGUAAUCAUCAACUGUAAAGUAGAUCGUGUAGAUGCAGCCACAACCUGAGAACUAAACAAUACAUACUAAGAUUUACGAACCAUGUGUCACUCGAACGGUUGGCUCAGUGGAAGAGCGCUCGGGCGGAAUCCAGUUCGAGUCCCGUAGCGUUUAUAAAUUUUGGUUACAAAUUUAAUUUGUAUAAUUAAUCCCAAAAUUGGGGAUAUCACUUUAAAAGUAACAAAUUGUUUGGGACGUCAUUUUGAUUUUCUUAAGCGAAUAUUGUGAAACAAUAAAAUAUACUUUCUCUUGUAUUCUAACUCAGUUUGUGCAUAUUUAAGGCAAAUGUAGUAGAUAUGUCUGAAAAUAAUGUUUUUGUGUGCGUGCAUUGCUCAGAAUAGAUGUUAAAUGUCAACCACGGACGAGUAAAAAAAGAAGGACUCCGCGCCGUGAUAUUAGCAAGUGAAGCACCGUUAUGCUAGUGUGUGUGCGGUUACGGGGGAUAGUAGUUACACAAUUUUUUCUCCCUUAAAUAAUCAUAUAUGGCCACAAAUACCUAAUAUAUAGAAUCGAUUUACACUUUUUCACAACGCACUACGGCAUUUUUUUAAUAUUUUAUUGAGACGCAAACUGAUCUGUCACAGACGAUGACAAUUCUCAUAAUAACCGCCUAUCGGCCUGUAGUUGUGUAAGUGUGUGCAUGGGACUAUGUAUUUACAUGUUAAUCGGCUUGUUUUGAUUCUACACUGUUAUGUAAGGUGACACGGAGUCCUUAUUUUUUUACUAGUCCGCGCUGUCAACCUCAAUUUUUGAUGUUAUACCUCUUUAGGCGCGUUAUGAAAAAAUGAUGAGAGUGAAAUUUUUAGAUGCGCGCGCAUCACUAACAUAAAAGUGACAGGUUGAAGUUGGUUCCUAAAAUUUUCUGACGUUUGCGUCAUUCGUUAUUUUUUCUUGGUUUCUUCGUCCAUAAUUAGAACAGGCAAAGGGUUCAAGCCCAUACAGCCGUAUUCAUUAUUUAAUGUCAAAGCCAUCUUUGCAAGUUUUUUACAAAAUUGUUCUAUCUAAAAACGUAGAAUAGCACAAGGAAUAAAUCAUUUUAAUGAUUUUUGCUUCGUUAGGCCAAAGAAGUAUAACUUCUUGCGUGCAUACAUAAGACACACUUUUUUUUACAGCUCACAUCAUCCAGACGUAUAAAUGAUCUAUGUUUUCGCCAUUCGACAACGUUAACAAUAACACCAAGCGUCCAUGCUGCUCAUGACAUCGCACUGAUCUGACAAUCGCCGCCAUUUUGUCUCGUAUAUUGACGUGUUUGAACGAAUGUGUUUAAGUCUAGUUGAACAAAAUAUAUCUAGUCAAACAUUACUCUGUUUUACUAAUUAUACUGAAUAUACACAUUAAGAUUCUCA